AUGGCGCGUGAUGUCGAUGGAGUUGGGUGUUCUUCAAGCUCUUCUGCCUCAACUAAGAGAUGGAAGUAUGAUGUGUUUUUGAGCUUUCGAGGGGAAGAUACUCGGAAAAAUUUUACUGAUCAUUUGUAUGUUGCUUUAAAACGCAAAGGAUUGAGAACUUUUCGGGAUGAGGAAGAACUUGAAAGGGGAGAAUAUAUUAAUCCAGGUUUAGUACAAGCAAUUGAUGAAUCUCGUUCUGCAAUUGUGGUGCUCUCCCCAAAUUAUGCUUCUUCAACUUGGUGUUUGGAUGAGCUUCAAAAGAUCCUGCAGUUAAAAGAAGAGUCGAGUCUUCAAGUAUUUCCAAUAUUUUACCGUGUAGAUCCCUCUAGUGUUAGGAAACAAAAGGGAUGUUUUGCAGAGGCAUUCAUAAAGCAUGAAGAAAGAUUUGUACAAGACAAAAUGAAAGUGCGAAAAUCGAGGGAUGCUUUAGAAAAAAUUGCUACUAUAUGUGGUUGGCACUUACAAAAUUGGCAUGAAAUGGAAUUCACUGAAAGCAUUGCUGAAGAAAUCAUGUCAAAGUUACUUGAUGACGAAUUGCCAUCUGACCUUGGUAUGUUAAUUGGAAUUCAACCAAAAUUAGAUGAAUUAGAGUCAAUCGUCACAAUGGAAUUGGGAGGAGUUGGGUUUAUAGGAAUAUGGGGUAUAGGAGACAUAGGCAAAACAACUCUUGCUAGAGCUUUUUAUGAGCGAAAGCUCAAAAACUUUGAGAUUCACUGCUUUCUUCAUAAUAUUAGAGAGGCAUAUGAAAAAGAAGGAGAUAAACCUAAUGAAGAUUAUUUGAACCUUGCUAGAACCGUCAUUGAAUAUGCUAGAGGCCUUCCUUUAGCACUCAAAGUGUUAGGUUCAUUUCUUUGCAAAAGAACUAUAGUGCAAUGGAAGCAUGCACCAGCUAAGUUCAAGAAAGUUCCUCCAAAUGACAUUUUAAAGAUACUUCAAGUAAGUUUUGAUGGAUUAGACAUUACACAAAAGACUAUAUUCUUGGAUAUUGCUUGCUUUUUCAAUGGAAUGGUCCAAGAUCAUGUCAUACAAAUUUUAGAAAUUUUGGACAAUGAUCUUCACCCAAAAAUUGGAAUAAAUGUUCUUAUUGAGCAAUCCUUAGUAAUUAAUUAUGAAGGGCAUUUGUGGGUGCGUGAAAUUCUUCAAAAUAUGGGUAAAUAUAUUGUCUACGAAAAAUCACCUGAUGAUGCCGGCAAGCGCUCUAGGUUACUGUCCUUGGAGGAUGCCAAGCAUGGGACAGAAGCUAUUCGGGGAAUAAUUCUCACAUUAGAAAAGUCAUGUGAUACAUUUUGGGAUCCUGAAGCCUUCUCAAAAAUGAGUAAUCUCAAGUUACUUAUCAUUUCAAAUUGCUCACAUGUUUUACGUUUUCAAUUGAAUCUUCCUUAUGGACUCAAGGCCCUUUCCAAAGAGUUGAAAAGUGAUAAUAUGGGAGGGUCUCUCCAAAGCCUCAAGUCCAUUGAUCUUUCUUAUUCAGAGUACCUCAGCAAAACUCCAAAUUUUGAUGGAAUUCCUCAUCUUGAAAAAUUGAUUCUUGAAGGGUGUUCUAACUUGAUUGAAAUUCACCGAUCCCUUGGACAACACAAAAAACUCGUCAUUGUUAACUUGAAAGAUUGCAGAGAAGUUAAAAACCUUCCAAGGAAAUUUGAGAUGAAUUGCUUAGAGACUUUUGUUCUAUCUGGUUGUUCAAGAGUUAUAAAACUUCCUGAGUUUGGAAAAGAUAUGGAACGUCUGUCUAAACUUGAUUUAGAGGGGACUGCUAUAACAAAAUGUCUCAAUCACUGGGCAAUUUGA